AUGCUCGAUGCAGCUGGAUUCGAGCAAAUGGUAGUAAGCCCUACGUACAGAAAAGACCACACCCUUGACCUAGUUGUUGUGUGGGACGGCGACUUGUCAGUGCGCGGACGUCCUGAAAUCAUUGCAUUCCCUAACUCUGUAUCUGACCAUAGUGCCAUUAUUUGUGAUGUUGACAUGCCAAAGCCAUGUGCCUCCAAGAAAAUACUGCUUCGGCGUCCGUUACGGAAAAUUAACUUGGACUCUUGGUGCAAUGACAUCAGGGAUUCCGCCAUCUACAGUUCUGCUUCGAGUGAUGACUCUGACUGCAACGUCUUAUGUGACCAGUAUAACACUGUGCUGCACCACUUCAUCGAUAAACAUGCUCCUGUUCGCACUUUUUCAGUUACACUGCGGCCCUAUUCACCUUGGUAUGAUGAUAGUCUUAGGUUAUUGAAAAGACAGAAACGCAAAGUAGAACGGAGAUACGUUUCAUCGAGAUUAGAAAUCCACCGCCAGAUGUACGUAGAGAAGUGUAGAGCUUACAGCACUGCACUGAAUGUAGCUAAGCGGAACUUCUCCAAGGAUCAAAUAUCUUGUUCCAAUCAAACGCAGUUAUUUCGUUUAAUUGAUGGCCUUUUCAGGGUGAAGCCGGUUCCGUUGCUACCAUCAUAUGAAUCACCUCAAGCUCUUGCAGAAGAUUUCAUCUUAUUUUUCACUACCAAGAUUCAGCAUCUAAAGGACAACCUACGCUCAUCGCCCCUGUUAACGAUGGAGAUGUCAGUGAUGCCAGCUCAGCCACAAUGUGUGGCGUCAUUCCCUGAGUUCUCUGCUGUAUCAGUGAGUUAUAUACGUGAACUUUUACACCAAUCCAAGCCUAAAUCGUGCAUAUUAGAUCCUGUGCCGACAAGUAUACUAAAACAAUCUAUUGACGCUAUUGCCCCGGCCAUCACUUCCAUUGUCAAUGCAUCUUUGUCAUCUGGUGUUUUCCCUACCUCUCUCGAUUGUGGAGUGAUCAACCCUUCCAUCAAGAAGCAGAGUCUUGACCGCGAGGCAUAUCCAAGCUACCGACCGAUUACAAACGUUGCCUUCCCACCAAAAACACUUGUACGUGUCGCUGCUAACCAGACGAUGAACUAUCUCAUCCCCAACGACUUAAUGCUUAUCGCCCCUUCCACAGCACAGAGACUGCUCUUCUUCGCGUCUUUAAUGACAUUCUGA